CACACACGAAAAGGAAGUAAAGAAAAUUUUCUGCAAUAAAAAAUAAGAAGUUUUUCACUUAUUUAAAUUUUUUGGAUUUAAUUAUAUUUAACUUAAUGUGAAUUAAUCAAACUAUUUAUAAUUUGACAAAACUAAUAUUAAAUUUUAUAAAUAUAAUGAAUUAAAAUGUAAAUAUACGCAAGUAACAAAAUUAAAAAGGAGCAAACUAUUUGUGCAAAAAAAAUUCAAUAGAGAGAAAAACAAAAAUGAAUAAAAGGAACAGAAAGAUAUAGGAAGCUUCAAAACAAUGAGACAACAAACGAGUACACUUUUCCAAAAAAGCAGUUCCCCAUUAACAUAAAGGAUUUAAUCAACAAUAUGAUGUACAAUGGAAAUAAUUAACUAAUAAAAAAUAAAACAACAAGUUGUUGUUCAAAUAUAAAGGACUUUUUGAUAUAAAAUAUAAAAGUUUUAUUAAAAGUAAAAAAAUGCAGUGGUAUUAUAAUGUUUUAGUUCGUCGGCCAUAUCUAAUGGUCCUUUUUAUUGCCGUUCUAUGUAUAGCUUGUAUUAUUGUAUCAUUAACUACAAAUAAUUUACCAGAUUUUACAGAUCCAACAUUGGGUUUCGAAACUCGAGGUACUGAAAUCGGUAAACGUUUAAUUGCUUGGCAUAAUUUAUUACAAGAAACUGGUCCUUCCAAUUUACUAGUAACGGAUCCAAAUGAUCUCACGCUUAUGAAUAGAGCUCAUAAUAUGGAACGUAGUGAAUUCGAUAUUAAUGGUUAUCCAACAAUAACAAGAAAAAAUAAAAAACGUAAAAAUCGUAGACCGAAAAACAGACACAAACAGAGAAAAGAGAAUCUAAAGAAAAAAUCGAAUGCUGAAUUAACAAAAAAAUUAAUUACAUUUAAGGAACGUUUGAAAGGUAAAACAUCAAAAAAAGAUCCAAACGAAGGAGAGAAAAACACAACACAAUUUUUGUCCACUGUUUGGCAUGGUGAUAGUGGAAUAUUUAAAGAUUAUGAAAUAACAAAUGAUUCAUUAGUAUCAUCACCGGCUUCCAUUGCCAUGGGUGAUCAUGAAAUUGCUUACGGUCGUAAUAUGACAUUUGUCGAUGAGGAUGAUCAACGUGAUCGUAUACAUGCUAAGAAGAGUACAUGGAGUAUAUUGAUUAAUGGAAACAUAAGUGAAAAAGUGCGUUUCCCAAUAGAGGGUUAUUUUUGUGAUUCACCCGCAAAGGAAUACGCUCAUUUCGUAGUUGAACGUAUAGGUCCAAAUUCGACAGACUCUUUAUUUGAUCUCAAUGGUCUGUUAGCCAUGUGCCAACUACAAGAUCAAAUUACUAGGAUACAGAAUUAUGGAGAAUAUUGUCAGCGUGAAUUGAUUAGUAAUAAUUGUUGUCGUCCCUGGUCAUUGUCAAAUUAUGCUGCUUUAUUAGCAAAUAAAAGUUCUUGCUUUGAUUUAACGCAUGACGAUGUCUUAUUAUUAAACAAUUUAUUGUUAUCCUGUUUUGAAUAUUUUCACGAUUUAAAGUUAAGCAAUGAUUGUAGUGAAAUUAACAAAUGUUAUGCACCAUUGGAUUGUACGCGUAAUAAUAUUGUAUUUAAUAUUCUACAUUAUUUGACUGACUAUAAUUUUAUAAAAAUUAAUGACACUAAUAUUUUUCUCAAAUACUCAAUGAUUUUUGUACCAGUUCCCCAUUCAACAAAAAUUUUGCCAUUAUUCCAUGAAUGGGAAAAAGUAGAUUUAAGCAAUGAAAUAGUACGCGUUGCAGCCAUGGAUUUGGGUUUGGAGAAUGAAUUAUUUAACGAAUUACUUUUAACCGAUGCAUGGCUGGUGGCAUUGGGCGGAAUUUUUGUUAUGACCUGCAUGUGGUUGUACACCACUUCAGUAUUUGUUACUUUAAUGACAUGUAUAGCUGUGAUAUUCUCAUUAGGUUUAGCUUAUUUUAUUUAUACACUAGUUUUCGAAAUGACAUUUUUUCCAUAUAUGAAUUUGCUAGCUGUGGUAGUUAUUAUAGGUAUUGGUGCUGAUGAUGCUUUUAUUUUUGUUAAAAUUUGGCAAUGUGUUUUAAUGGAAAGAUUUUCGAAAAUGUCAACUGUUACCACAAAGUCCUUAACGAACACCGCUGACACCGAACAAACAGAGACUUUGCAAAACUUAAUGGCUUUAACUUUAAAACAUGCAUCGAUAUCAAUGUUUGUGACAUCGGUAACAACAGCGGGAGCUUUUUAUGCCUCCUAUACAAGUUACAUAACAGCUAUAAAAUGUUUUGGAGUUUUUGCCGGUACUGCUGUUAUUACAAACUACAUUUUAAUGAUCACAUGGUUACCAGCUUCCAUAUCGAUUAUGGAGCGUUUAUCUUCGUGUACAACAUGUAGUAAACUACAAAUUCAAAAACUUUUGAUCAUGAUCAACAAGUCAAUUAACAGUUUUUGCUCUAAAUUAGAAUCAGUUAUAACAACAGCGAUAUUAAGUUAUGCACCUCUAUGGUUUUCAAUCUUUGGCAUACUUGGUAUUUGUAGUGCUAUUGUAGUCUUAUAUAAACCAGGUCUGCAAUUACCAGAAAAUUCACAUUUUCAACUUUUUGUUUCCAAACAUCCAUUCGAAAUCUACAAUUCAAAAUUGAAAAAUGAAUUUUGGUUUGAAAAAUCUAUGAUGAAUUUUGAAAACUAUAAAUUCUCUUUACGUUUUGUUUGGGGAAUACAACCUGUUGAUGAUGGCGACUAUGCAAAUCCUUAUGCCUAUGGAAACUUACAUUAUGACAAUAAUUUUAAUGUAUCAACAAAAGCAGCUCAAAUUUGGCUUCUAUCGUUUUGCCAAAAUAUUAGACAGCAACCAUUUUAUCAAUUAACCUUUGGUAUGCUUUUACCAAAUUGUUUUAUAGAAAAUUUUAUAACGCUUAUGCAAAGAAUGUGUGUGAAUGAAAUGGAUUACUCCGACCGCACACCCUGCUGUGAUAUUUCGAAAUUUCCCUAUGAACCGGAUGUUUUCGAUUUAUGUUUACCUCAAAUCAUUUCUUCACUAUACGCCACACCCAGAGAUUUCUUUUCGCCUGGAGUUGCUGGACCACGCUUUAUGGCUUCCACAAAAUUAGAUCUCAAUGUUAAUAAUACACUAAGUGAAGACUUUGUUAAUAAUACAUUGGAUAGUACGACGAAUGCAACGGCAGCACCACCUAUAGUCAAAGCAUUAGUAAUUGAAUUUGAAUCUAAUGUUUCCUACUCCACUGUAUAUGAUACUGUAAAAGAAUUUAUUAAAACCGUGGAAGAAUGGUUUCAAAAUGAGUUGAAAACUGCACCACCUGAAAUGCAAGGUGGAUGGUUUAUCAGUGAAUUGAAAUUUUAUGAUGUUCAAGAUACUCUACCAUCGGGAACCUUGGUGGCAAUAACCGUAGCUAUGACUGCAUCGCUAGUAGUGCUGCUGUUAGUUACUUUAAAUAUACUAAUAUCAUUUUAUGCAGUCAUAACGGUUCUGCUAACAAUUUUCGUAACUGUUGCUAUAUUAAUUAUGCUGGGUUGGAAACUAAAUAUAUUGGAGAGCGUCACUGUGAGUACAGCAAUUGGUUUAGCUGUGGACUUUAGUUUACAUUAUGGUAUUCAUUAUCGCUUGUCGCCCUCUUGUGAAAGACUUGCGGCAACACAAUUCUCUUUGUCGCGCAUUAUCGGUCCUACUGCUAUGGCAGCCAUAACGACGGGUAUUGCUGGAGCUCUUAUGCUGUUUUCAAAUGUGUUGCCUUAUCUGCAAAUCGGUAUAUUUCUAUUAGUUGUUAUGACGGUUAGUUGGACUUAUGCCACGUUUUUCCUUAUGAGCCUGCUGAAAUUGUUUGGUCCCCAAUAUGGUUUUAUGCAAUUUCAAUAUCCACGAGUAAAGAAACGUUCUAACGCUAACGGCAUAAAAUUCUAUGAGCGUAAACAAAAUCAUGUAACCCGAGAACAAUUACUAACACCAUCCAGUUCAGCUGUUGGAGAACUCAUUAAUUCCGAGUCACAUGAAUUGGAAUCUUUGACAUCAAAUUCAAUGAUUAAAACAAUUUCUGGUGCGGAAUGUUCAGCCCAAAACUUUCCCAUGGAUUAUGAGAAUUUAUUUAAUACAAAAUGCAAACCGUUGUCGAGCAUAACAUCACCGAUUACCAACCAUCAUCAUAAAUGUCCAGCAUUUAUAAAGGAAAAUUCCACCCAACAAAGUCUAACAAUUAAUAACACUAUUACGACUACCACAGCUGCCGAUACGGAAAUAUCUCAAAUCAUAAACUAACGGAAAAUCAAAUUUGAA